CCUUCUCCCUCCCUCCUCUAAUAGCCUCAUUUCCCCUCCCACCUCACGAACCUCAUACCGCCCACCUCUCCAGUUAUCAUCAAUGCCUGUCCGGCUACGUCUCGCGAUGCACGGCACCCGCAACUCACGGAUCUUCCAUAUCGUCGCCGCACACGCAAGCAAAGCGCGCAACGCAAAGCCUAUCGAGACGCUGGGGAUGUAUGACCCUCGCUCAAACCCGUUGACAAAGGAGAAAACGGUGGAGUGGAGCGUGGAGCGGAUCCGGUAUUGGCUAGGUGUGGGUGCGCAGCCGAGUGAUACGGUGCUGGCUUUGCUUGAGAGGGGAGGGAUCGUGCCUGCCGCUCCCAGACCGUGGAACCCAACGUCUGACUACGCUCCAACCCCCUCCUUUCCCUGUCCUUCACCUGCCCGCCUAGAAGCACUCGACGCGGCCAAUUCUACGUCCCCUAGCUCCCAAAAGAAGAGUAUAUCUCCCCGGGAACAACAACUCCAUCUGACAAGACAGUGGACACACAACAUGAAAGUGUUGAAUUUUGGAGCCGUGGGAGGUAUCCCGGAGGUGACGGAGGCGGAGGUAGAGCUGGCGAAGGAGAACGAGAGAGAGAGGGCGGAGUUGAAGGAGAGCCGACGGGUGAAGGAUGGCCUCGAGAGGCCACCUCCGAACCAGGAACAAUUAGCGGUAUGAUAUUCAGAGAUG